AUGCUCAGACCGGCUGCUAGAGCAGCUCAUCGACUUGUCGGCGAGAUCGGCGCCGCUCGUCCGCUCAGUACGAGACCGCCCACAAGCGUCCAGUACGGCAAAGAUGAAGGAAUCACCUUGCUCACCCUCGACCGAGCGGAAACACGCAACGCCAUCUCGAGAAUGAUGCUAGACGGACUGCGCGAGCACUUGCACACGAUCCGCUUUGACGGGCGAACACGCGUGCUGAUCCUCAACUCGGCCGUUCCCUAUACGUUCUGCAGCGGCGCAGACCUCAAAGAGCGUCGCACGAUGACACAGACCCAAGUCAAUCAGUUUCUCUUCGAUCUACGCGCGGCCUUGACCGCGCUGGAGGAUCUACCGAUGCCGACGCUGGCAGCCAUCGAGGGCCCUGCUCUCGGUGGCGGCUUGGAACUCGCGCUUGCUUGCGAUCUACGCGUUGCAUCUGCUUCAGUGAGCAAGAUCGGAUUGCCAGAGACGAGCAGAGCCAUCAUACCAGGAGCGGGGGGCACGCAGCGAUUGGCGAGGUUGGUAGGCUUGGCCAGGGCGAAAGACCUCAUCUUCACGUCGAGACUGCUCAGUGCUCAAGAAGCACUCCGCGUGGGGAUCGUCGACCGAGUGAGCGCGCAUGAUCAGACAGCAACAGAGAAAGCGGUAGAGAUGGCGAAGGAGAUGACGCCGAAUGGACCGAUCGCGCUCGGUGCUGCCAAGAUGGCAAUCACACGCGGGACCUCAAUGAGCAUGGAAGCAGGACUCGACUUUGAGCGAGAAUGUUACAAUCGCUGCCUGGCGAGCCAGGACCGACGCGAGGGGUUGGCCGCUUUUGCAGAGAAACGAAAACCGCAGUACAAGGGCGAAUGA